AUAUAUCUCAUGGUAUAUAUCUAAUUCCAAUAUUAAAAGCAAACAUAUUUCCAAGUAACUUUUAGUUUUAGAUAUAUCAAAAUAUACUCUCUCUUUCUCUCUCUCUUUCUUUAUAUGAAGAUCAUCAGUUCCAGCAAUCAACUUGGAAUUGAGUUCAUGUGUUGAUCCUUUGAAGAGGAAAAUCAGCUUUUCAGAUCCACCCUCACUUCAACAAGUUCCUUCUUUUCCCUCGAGAAUCGGUUCAAACAUUGAAUCUUCAAUCAUUACCUACCAGAGAAAGAUCAUUUCUUCACAUAUUCAUCAGGAUAUGAAGGAACCUCAUCAUCUUCAAUUAAUGUAUUGCAGCAACCUAUUAUUGAAUUUUCGAGAUCGACGAAAACGGAGUCGGAGCGAUGAAAAUGGAGCCGCUGAAGAAAAGUCAAAUCCAUUGAUGUCAUCAAGAAAAUGGUCAUUGUUUGAUUUGAAUGAAGAGGCGAGGGUUGAAGAUGGUGAUGACAUGAGUAUAAUAGAAGAGGUUGAGAAAAACGAAGAAAGAAAAUAUGGAAGCACUUCAACAAAUAAUGAGAACAAUAGUAAUAAUAAUGGAAGAAGGACAGCAGUUAGGCAAUAUGUUAGAUCAAAAGUGCCUCGCCUACGUUGGACUCCUGAGCUUCAUCUCAAUUUUGUGCAUGCCGUUCAAAGGCUUGGUGGCCAAGAAAGAGCAACACCCAAGUUGGUUCUUCAGCUGAUGAAUGUAAAAGGACUUAGCAUUGCCCAUGUUAAAAGCCAUUUACAGAUGUAUCGAAGUAAGAAGCUUGACCAAACUGGGCAAGUUAUACGAGAAGCAUGCGAUGGGUUGAGGUUGAUGCAUGGAGGAGGGAGAUACUACAAUAACAAUAACAUGUUGGUCCAACAAACAACUCAACAUUCUCGUUAUUAUCCACUCACAAGGCAUCUCCAGACUCAAUUUGGAGCUCUUACAACACUUUUACACUCUCACUCACCCUAUCAUCCCAGUCCUUUCAGGCAAGUUUUGGAGCAAAAGAGUAGAUGGAGUAAUUUGGGAGAAAGGGGAUGGAAGAAUAUGAGAAGAAUGAAUAAUAAUAAUAAUGGUAGUGAGUUAAGUAGAGGAAAUUAUUAUUGGGAAGAAGGGUGUGAUGUUCAAAUGAAGAAGAAAGAGAAGAGAUUGAUGUUGGAUGAGCCAGAGCUGGAGCUAGGACUGAGGCAUACAAUUAACACAACUACUGAACAAAUUACCACAGAGCUUUCCCUUUCUUAAAUGCAAUAUAUAUAUUUGUGUGAUGUAAUAUAUAAGGGUUGUGGUUAGAGAGACAGAAUAGGGGUACACCAUUUAGUUUUUUGGUUUAAUUGUUCAGUGCUGAUGAGAGAUGAGAAUAAUGUGGUCUCUUAUUGCAAAAUCACCCACACCCAUAAUUGUAAGGAAUAAUAAUUAUAGGGCAGAAAGAAAAAAAAAAAGAAGUUUUUGGCAA